AUGCUUAUAUGGCGAGAUGCUUAUAGACAGGUGGAGCUACAGCUUAUGCACUGGUUCAAGUUCACCGAGAUCGUUGAUGACCGCCCAUCAGCCUCAAUCUCAAAUCACCGAGCUAUCAUGUCAAAGUUUUUCAAUGCGUGGAUUCAGGACCAGGACUGUCGGACUCGGAUUCGGGAAAUUCCGUGGGAGGGUUACCAUAGGGCUUCGUUGAUAUCUGCCGAUGACCUCGCAUUAAUACAGGCUACAGCCAGUCAGCCAAAACUCAAGCAAGAACAAAUAUGGGAGCACGACACCGAGAAAUAUGUUUCUCUGUAUCUCAGUUUACUUUCACAGUUAAGCCGGGUGGACUGUUUACAGGCGACGUUGGUCUACCUCAGUGACAUGAUAGAAGAUCACGAAGAACGAAUCGCACUUUUCCUCGAUCACGCCUUGGAUCCCUACGCUGCCCUAACCCCUCAUCUGGAGUCAUCCGAUUACUAUAUCCGAACCAAGACCUUAUCCCUUCUGAGUGUCUUUUUAGAAUUCCAUCCUACACCCCCACAAGAUGUUCUUUCUACCAUUGGACCCGAAAUCGCCCGGUUGACCAGCUCAGGAGAUUCUAAUGAGCAAGAGCUGGGUAUCGAGUUGUUUGAACAUGUGUUGAGACAACCCAUCGCGAGACAAGCUGUAUGGGCAGCCAAAGGAUCGGGAGCCUCUAGCAACGGCGAAGCAAACGAAACAAGCAUCAUUUCAAGUUUGGUUGAAAAGAUGAAGGGCGCUGGUCGUAUGACUGCUCAAAUACAGUAUCAGCUGGCUUUCUGUUUUUGGCUCCUCACAUUUGAUGUUGAAAUUGCAUCUCAAUUUAACAAACGUUUUUCCAUCAUACCACUUCUCACAGAGCUAGCCAGAAGUGCUGUGAAAGAAAAAGUUAUACGAAUACUUGUUGCCACUUUCAGAAAUCUCGCCGAGAAGGCACCGGAGGCUAACCUAGCCACCAUGCUAGUAGCUGGCAACCUUCUACCACUCAUCCAAAACUUCUCGUCUCGCAAAUGGUCCGAUGAUGAAUUAAAAGAUGACAUUGAAUGGUUGAAGGAACAAUUAGAAGAGGCCAAGCGAAAAAUGACUACGUACGACGAAUAUUUGACGGAAUUGGAAUCAGGCUUGCUGCGCUGGUCACCGCCUCAUACCUCUGAGGAAUUUUGGUCGCAAAAUGCAGAUAAACUAAAUGAGAAAAAUCACCAACAGCUCAAGAAAGUCAUCGAGCUCCUAUCCAGUGCUUCUGAUCCAGUUGUAUUGGCGGUUGCAGCGAAUGAUUUAUCGCAAUAUGUCAAGCAUAGUGAUGUCGGCAAAAGAUCGGCCGAGCGAUUAGGUGCCAAACCUGCCGUCAUGAAGUUGAUGACUCAUCACGAUUCAGAUGUAAAAUACUGGGCUUUGGUCAGCGUACAGCAGCUGGUCAGUCAGCCAUGGAGCUACUAA